ACGGGCAUACAAAGCAAUGGCUCGAGUGGACGAAGAGGAAGAAGGAAGUGCCGGCAUGGAAAAGUGUGGAUUUGUGUGUCACGUAAUCCUCGUUCCGCUCGGACUCGGAUUUUGGACGUUGUCGCUGCUACCCUUGUUAAGACUCGACGUUCCAGAAACUGUCGAUAGCAACUCUGAGAUUUUGUGGUCUUCUCUGCCAACCAUUCACUCGUGGAGUGAGUCGGUUCGCUCUUGGUCGGUGCUGAUCUCGACGGGUCUCGUUGGAUUGUUUCUGGCGGCACCGAUUCUGUAUUGUGGCGUCAACCUGUGGGCCGUUGCACCGUCAGAGUACUCGUUAACGGACGAGUACACCCGUGAGCGCAUGCCCGAAUCAAUGACUGAUACCACGCAAGACUCGCAAGGACUGGGUGUGUACGAUAUUGAUGUGGCAGAAAUCAACGAUCUCAUUUCGGAACAACUAUAUAUCCAGUAAUCGACUAACGCGCCGGAAAGGCGUGCCAGACUCGGCCGUAGUAGACUACCGGUAUGCAUCCCCUGGCGUAACCGACUGCGUUUUCGGGCUGGAUCAUACUCACCAAGAACAUGGUGAUUAUAGAAUGGGAGGGCAAACAAAAUGCGGACUACUGUUUUGCGAUAUCAACAAGCCCGUGUCUACUGCUAUACAGUGGGUAUCGUUU